UAUUCGCGGAGAAAACCGAAGAAAGAGCGGGCGAGUACUUGCUUGAGAAAAAUGGAAGGAAGAGAAUGGAGAGAAUCAGGGUUCUCUUUAACGUCAGGUCCUGCUCUUAAUUUGGAUGCCGGAUUUCUAAUCUUCGAGCUCUAAGGAAGGUUUUUGUUCAUGGCGGAGCCUGGUAGAAGCCUCAUCUCUGCCGACAAAGCUUCUGUUCGGCGCUGUCAGGUUUCAUUUGGGAUUAAAUGUUUUCGUUUUUUGAUUUGGGUCAGUGACUGAUUCUCUUGUCUAAGGAUCUGAUAGAAUGAAGUUUGGGUUCGUUUUCAUUCUGUUAUUCUGUUCAAUUUGAAAUGGAACGAUUGUUCUGGUUGAUUAUUCUGUGCACUUGGUAGAGAUUUUGGGAGAUAGGUUUUGACAUCCGAAGUUGAAAGGUGCUGUUUCGCCUGGAAUUUUUGGAUCUUUUGGAGUGAAGAUAUUGAAUUCUGUUCUGCAUUUAGAGUGCAUAGGGGAGUUUUGUUGUGUACUUUGUGAAUUAGACCAUCGCCAUGGAUGGGAUUGGGGAAUCUUCUCAAUCUGGGUCUGGAAUUGUUGAUUCUAAAUCUUCGGGAAGUGGGGUUGUUCGUGAAGACAAUAGGGUUGCUGAACAAGUGUCGCCCCUGGGAGGUGGGGGGAGGAAUACUAGUCCAUUGGGUAGGGCAGGAUCCAGAAACACUAGUCCUUCGAGGCAGAAGGUUAUAAAGACCAAACCUCGUGGUUUAGAUGAAGAAACAGUUACAACAUUUAGUAAAGCAUCCCAUCCAGAUGUUCAAAUGGAAGAUGGUAUAUGGGCGAUGCUGCCUGAAGAUUUGUUAAACGAGAUCUUAGCUAGAGUUCCUCCAUUUUUAAUCUUUAGGCUUCUUUCUGUUUGUAAGAGGUGGAAUUCUAUACUUCAAGAUACUAGUUUUCUUAAAUUUCAUGCACAAGUGCCUUCACAUGGGCCUUGUCUUCUCACAUUUUGGAAGAAUUCUCAAACCCCCCAAUGCUCAGUCUUCAGCUUGCCAUUAAAAACAUGGUAUAAGAUUCCAUUCACAUUUUUGCCUCCUUGGGCAUUCUGGUUGGUUGGUUCAUCUGGCGGUCUUGUUUGCUUUUCUGGGCUUGAUGGACUAACUUUCAAAACCUUGGUAUGCAAUCCCCUCACACAAAAGUGGAGGGCCUUGCCAAGUAUGCACCAUAAUCAGCAGAGGCAGCUGAUUUUGGUUGUUGAUCGGACUGAUCGGUCAUUUAAAGUCGUAGCGACUAGUGAUAUUUAUGGUGACAAGUCCCUGCCCACUGAAGUUUAUGACUCAAAGCUGAACCGUUGGUCACUUCAUCAAACUAUGCCUGCUGUAAAUCUCUGCUCCUCGAAGAUGGCAUAUUGUGAUUCCAAGUUAUACUUGGAAGCUCUUUCUCCACUUGGUUUAAUGAUGUAUCGGCUGGAUACAGGCUAUUGGGAACAUAUUCCUGCUAGGUUCCCUCGUUCUUUAUUGGAUGGGUAUUUGGUUGCUGGUACACAGAAGCGCCUAUUUCUUGUUGGAAGGAUUGGUCUUUAUAGCACUCUUCAAAGCAUGAGAAUUUGGGAACUAGAUCAUGCAAAAAUUAUGUGGGUGGAGAUUAGUAGAAUGCCACCUAAAUACUUUCGUGUUUUGUUGAGGUUAUCGGCAGAGAGAUUUGAGUGCUUUGGACAGGAUAAUCUGAUCUGCUUUACAUCUUGGAACCAAGGAAAGAGUCUUCUUUAUGACGUCGAUAAGAAAGUAUGGUCUUGGAUUGCUGGCUGUGCUUUGCAGUCAUGUAACAGCCAGGUCUGCUUUUAUGAACCAAGAUUUGAUGCUUCUGUAUUCUGAGCUGACUUCUUUUUUUUCCGUGAUGAUUCUUUAUUACAUCCAUUCUUAUCUGAGGCCCAAUUUUUCAUGACUUCUUCAUGUACACAUCCUUGUAUAUGGUUUCCUCACUUUGUGAUUACUGACCGAUCAUCUAAGUUUCUUCUGCUGUUUGCUGGAUUAAUUCCAUUCCAUGGUCAUAAUCCUAGGAGGCCAAUUUUGUUUGCAAGGUUUAGCAGUAGUAAGAAUAGUUUCAACCAAGACUUUCCUUGCAUGGGUUUAAUGACGUGCUAGCUUGAGCAUGGGAUGAACUGCAUUCAAGAAAAUUUUAUGUGGGUGGUAUUUGGGAAGAAUGGAAGCCAAGCUUGUACUUUCAGAUGUGUUGGUUUAGGUUCAGUUCGAGUUAUCUCUAUGGAAAUUAGCUCCAUUACUCUUGCAGUUCAAUCUGAGAUAUUAUUGUGAGCUUGACUUCAAAGUUCAACUAUGACGAUCAAGAAUGUUAAUGCCAAUUUCAGGAACUUGCAGUGCUGGGUUUGGUUCUUGGUCACUAGCUGCUCAAGUUAAACGUAGUGCUUCAAGAGGUUCUUAACAAUCUGAGCUUUCAGGCGAACUUCUAUGGUUGGAGUUGAAAACCGAAAUUGUUGUUUUGAUCAUUGCAUAUAUAUGGGCUUCAGAGUUUUUCCCAAAUGUAAAAUGAUUGAUUUAUACGAUCUGUUCAGGAUGUUAUAAAAAGGACAAUUUCUUCAAGUCGAACGGGAACUCUUAUAUCAAACCAGAUAUUGUCCCUUGCUAUGUUUUUAAAUCUAAUGUUAAUUGGCUUCAAAAGUCUCAAGUUUUGAUUCCCCCCCUCAUCGUAAUUACUAAUUACUGUUAGGACUAAUAUUGUCAACAGAUUGAAGCUUGCCUUCUGAGAUGAAAUCCAGUAUUUCACCAUUGUGAACUACCCUCUGGUUCAAAAAGUUGAAUAAUUUCAGAUUUCGUUUUCAUGAGAUCUCAUCUUAAUACACCCCAUCCCUUAGGCACAGGUUCUGAUGGGGUUAUUUAAGAAGUUGAGCUAAAGAAUAGGGUGUCGUUCACUUAAUAAGGUGCCAAAUGGCCUGCAAGAUCAAGCUUAUGUUGCCAUCAAGGAUACUGUUUUUUCACAUUGAUUCAUAGUAUGCUGUUACCUCAAAGUUGAAGGGAAAGGAAAGCAAAUGUAAUUGCAGCACGGAGAUAGAUCAAGAAGGCAAGGUUCUUCCAGUUUGAGUUAUUAUCUUGGAACCCGUGGGCCUCUUUGGAAUACUCCAAACCGUCUUGGGUGAAAAACUCUUGACUUUGCCGAGGAUUUGGGAUCGUUCAGCUUAUUUUGCAUCAAUCCCGUUACAUCACCAGACUUAAGGAGCCAUUGAAUUGUGAAUCAUUCAAGAAGAAUUAAGUAACUAGUAAACAGUUCUAUGGGUUUUCUUUAUUAUCUUCGUAGUUGGGAAGUCUCUUGCACUCACUAUUCGAGGUAUAAAAGCUGGCUUACAGGAACUAAAGAAAAUGCUUGAUUGUUACAAAGGGCAACAGGAUCACAAUUUCAGCAGAAAAUUCCCCAUGAUAUUGGUAGAAUUGUUUAGGAAGAAGGAGAUCAUUUGAGUAUUUACUAACGAAAAGGGUGGAUAGAGAUUAGAGAGGAGGUGCCGAAUGGUGUU